AUCUGUAGAUGAAGAGAGAAAAAUAGAGUACAAAGCUGCUGUCAAAAUACAGAGCUGGUUUCGAGGAUGCAGAGUCCGAGCCUAUCUGAGAUAUCUGAAUAAAAUGGUGAUUUUUAUACAGAAGUGGUGGAGAGGUUAUCAAGCCAGAAGAUACUUCAGAAGAAUGGUGGAGACAGCAUAUUUUAUUAUGAAGAUGAAUUUCUACAAUGAAAUGGCUGUCAGGAUUCAGAAAAGAUGGCGAGGCUAUUAUGUUCGGAAAUAUAUCCAUAAUUAUUAUGCGCUGAAGAAAUACCUGGAAGCCAUUUCUGUGAAUAACAAGAUUGUCAGGAAUGAACUCCAAGAGUAUGCAGAGAUGAAGGAAAAUGAAGAGAAAAGGAAAGACCUAGAAAAGAAAGAAAAGGAAAAGAAAUACCAAGCCCGAAAGAUGCAUUACCUCCUUAGCACUGAGCAG